UGGCUUUCUACUUGCCGACCCGACGAUCACUGUAGACACCGACAGACCGGGCUAUGGUGGUACCUGCUACAGCAACUUCGAAGUUGGCAGAGUGACUUCGGUAACGGCGUACGACAGCUUCCAGGCCACGGCUAUCGUGAGCUGGGUGGCGAGUACUUCACUGGAUCAGGCUUACGCGCAUCCCAUCGAUGGUGUUGCAGCUCGUGUUGUGUCAACAAGCCAGGUCAGUCAAUCUAUAGCCAGUUAA